CUUGCAAUCUGGCCAUCUGCAAGCUUGGGUUCACCCAGUGCAAUUUCACCGUCGGAGGCCCUGGGAUUCUCGAGGCCUCCACGAUCUUGUAUAAAAGAACUUACGAUCAUAAAAGGGUGAAGACCAAUAAGCAGUAGCUUAGCUUUGUGCCGAUUACGAAAAGGUACACAAUGUCCUCCCCGUCUCCAUCGGCCGUGAGGCAUCGUGGUGGGCAAUCGUCAAAACGUGGCUCAACCCCGACCCCUUCAACACCAAGAAAUGGGACAGCGGACCAUGGAAACAAAACAAUACAGUCUGCAAAAGAACCGGAGCGAUCUGGAUGGGGUUACAAGGCUGCUUUGGUUCUCAUCAGCGCUUUGGCAUUCGCAACGAGAUUUUGGAACCUUGGUCAUCCGAACGAAGUCGUCUUUGACGAAGUCCAUUUCGGCAAGUUUGCUUCAUACUAUCUCCAACGAACAUACUUCUUUGACGUUCACCCUCCCUUUGGAAAGCUUCUCUUCGCCUUUGUCGGUUGGUUAGUGGGAUAUGACGGCCACUUCCUCUUCGAUAACAUCGGCGAUUCGUACAUCACCAAUAAGGUGCCCUACGUCGCAUUCAGAGCUUUACCUGCCUUGCUGAGUACUUUGACCGUUACGACAGUGUUCCAAAUUAUGUGGGAAUCCGGCUACUCCUUGCCCGCAUCCGUCCUCGCGGCCGGCUUAGUACUUUUCGACAAUGGUCAGAUUGGACAGACCAGACUCAUAUUGCUCGAUGCGACGUUGAUCUUCUCCAUGGCAUUGAGUAUCCUAUGUUACAUUCGGUUUUACAAAUUGCGUUAUACUCCAUUCACCCGAAAAUGGUGGAAAUGGCUCCUUCUCACUGGCAUCUCUCUGAGUUGUGUUAUUUCCACAAAAUAUGUCGGACUUUUUACCUUUGUCACUAUUGGUGCGGCCGUCGUCGCUGACCUGUGGGGCCUCCUUGAUAUCAACCGUAGGCAAGGUGCCUUGAGCUUACCGCAAUUUGGAAAGCAUUUCCUUGCUCGUCUCUUUGCUCUCACAGUAGUCCCAUACUUUUUCUACCUCUUCUGGUUUCAGGUUCAUUUUGCAAUUCUCACCAAAUCAGGACCUGGCGACGACUUCAUGACUCCCGAGUUCCAGGAGACUCUGAGCGAUAACAUCAUGACUCUACAGUCAGUCGGCAUUGACUACUACGACACAAUAACCAUCAGGCACAAGGAAACGAAAACCUACCUCCACAGCCACCCGGACAGAUAUCCCCUUCGCUAUGACGAUGGCCGCAUCUCCAGUCAAGGACAACAGGUGACUGGCUACCCCCAUAACGAUACGAACAACUAUUGGCAGAUUUUGCCUUCGGAGCAAUUUUCCGAUGGCGAUCUCGGCCACCAUGUCCACCACGGAGAUCUUGUCCAACUGCGCCACAUGGGCACAGACUCGAUUCUGCUCAGUCACGAUGUCGCUUCUCCCUAUUAUCCAACCAACCAGGAAUUUACGACAGUCUCUCUAGAGGACGCCAACGGCGACCGUCACAAUGAUACAUUGUUCGAGCUGAGAAUCGAAAAUGGAUUCGAGGGACAAGAGUUUAAAACGAUGUCGGGACAAUUCAAACUCGUGCACUUUCCGUCAAAGGUUGCUAUGUGGACACAUACUACUCCUUUGCCAGAGUGGGCCUUCCAACAGGCGGAGAUCAAUGGUAACAAAAACCUUCAGCAAACCAGUAAUAUCUGGUACGCUGAGGAUAUUCCAUCUCUCCCCUCCGAUAGUGAGCGCUCGGUAAAAACCCCGCGUAAAGUAAAGACGAUGCCGUUUUGGAAGAAGUAUUUGGAGCUUCAACGCGCAAUGUUUUUCCACAAUAAUGCUUUGACAAGCCAUCACCCCUACGCGAGCAACCCAACGCAGUGGCCAUUCCUGUUGAGGGGAGUUAGUUUCUGGACCCAGAAUGACACUAAGGAACAAAUCUAUUUCCUCGGAAAUCCAAUUGGCUGGUGGAUUGCAAGCAGCUUGCUGGCUGUCUUCGUUGGUAUAGUUGGUGCGGAUCAGCUCUCUCAAAGGAGAGGGAUCGAUGCAUUAGAUGAACUGUGGGGUCCAGGGACUCGAUCCCACCUCUAUAACUCAACGGGCUUCUUCUUCAUCGCCUGGGCUUCCCACUACAUACCCUUUUAUAUCAUGGGUCGUCAGCUCUUCCUCCAUCAUUACCUCCCUGCACACCUGGCCUCGACUCUGGUUACUGGAGCCCUGGUUGAAUUUGUUUUCAAUAUCGAAUCCUCGGGACAAAACGACUUUCCACAGUCCCUAAGCAGCGAUGCAAAGGCAAAGAAAAAGUCUUCCCCUGGGACGGAAAGGCACCACUCCGCCGUUCGGCAGCGUUUAGGUCAACAAAGCCUCAUGGCUGCUUGGAUUGCGACAGGAGUGAUUAUGACUGCCGUAAUUUGGGGUUGGUGGUUUUUCGCUCCUCUCACUUAUGGUACGCCUGGACUGGAUACAGCUCAGAUCAACGCCCGUAAAUGGCUGGGCUAUGAUCUUCAUUUUGCAAAAUAGACAGUUGAGGAUCGCAGAAGCUUCAGUCGUCCCUAUCCUGAAACUACAAAAUUCUCGACAACUUGACAGCCCCGGACAGAAGAGCAGAAUGUCAAAACAACAAAUAUUUAGUUUCUUAUUCUCUGUCAUGUGUUAGUAUGUCAUAUUAAAGCGUAC